AUGUCAGUAAUAGAGAACAAGCGUCGAUUUUACUUGGUGGAUGGGGGUCCGAUUCGGCACGUUGGCGCAGGGGGGACAGAAGAGAACAGAAUCAAGGCUCUGACCACGUUACAAUUGGCAAAGCCCUACUAUCAGUAUCUUCUUUGUACUCUGACGAGUCUGGCCAAGAUUCCAAACAGUACAGGAGUUAAACUCGACGGGGCAAUCGUCACACAUCCACACGCCGAUCACUUGGAUGGUGUGGAAAGACUCUUUAGAGAGCUUCUUCCCAACGAGUACCAACAAAGCGUCACAUCAGCCAACCCAGACAAAAGAUUGGUUUGCAAUGGUCCUGUUUUACUCACAAAAAAAUUUGUUCAGGACAAAAAAGCUUAUCGUAGCUUUUCUGAGUUUCUCUUAAAAACCAAAUUCAAGAUAAGCCUAGACAUUGACGACAUACAGAAUGCUUUCGGAAAUGAUAUCAUCUUUUCUUUUCCUACUUCGCCUGGUGUUUUGUAUCAGCGUCACAACAAUGACGAGCCUCACUCCGAGGAGGAACAAAGAAGCAAGUUGAAAGAGGGUACGGAAGACGACGAUUUGAACAAAUCGAGUAUCAUUCUCUUCACUAAAGAAGGAGGCAAGAUUUGUUUGAGUGGGGAUGCUUACGGCCAUGACAUUGUUGCAAUGCUUCGAAGUCACGGGGCUAAAGAUCUGGACAUCUUCAAGUUACCUCACCACGGGAGCCCUGAGAACAGCAUUUUGGGAAAGGUCAUGCCUCCUACCUGGGCCUCUCAAAAUUUGGCCGCGAUGGUUCUACUUUCGUUGAGUCUAAACCGGAAGAUUGUCUUCGAAAAGAACCCUGAAGAGGAGAGAGACAUUGAUUACGUUCGCCGGAAGCUGAUUAGAACAUCUAAAAUGGGGAAUGGAGAGACCGUUCAGAGGAUCGCCGAAACGUUUCAGGGGGUAAUCAAAAAGCAACUAAAAAACACAACGAAGGAAACAUUAGAAGAGUUGUUUCACAGAGUAAAAGCGAAGCACCUUGAGGUUGUGGCAGCACUUCAGCAGCAGUCUGGAUGCGUCGACCCAUGCAAGAAUCUAGAAGCUCUAAAUAGUUUAGCAAACUGGAAGAAUCUUACGAAAUCUGUUGCCGAUAAAUUAGGUUUUUCAAGUGUUUCUACAGAUCUGAAGAGGAGGAAGGUAGACUGGUGGCGUCAAGUCGAAGGCCUCAUGGGUCAUGACAAAAGUUUUCGAGACUACUUUGCAGACAAAAUUGGUAUUGAAGGUUUUUUCGAUUCCUUCCAUUCCAAGACUUACUACGUAUCUGCCAGCGGAAGAUAUGGCCACCCUUCACCAGAUGUCAUCAAGGGAAUCAUAAAAGCUGCCGUGAAAAAGAACAAGCCAUGCAGAAUCGUGUUCACCUCUGGGGGAGACGUUCCGUCUGCAUAUCUUCCUGAUGUUAAUGUAAAACCGUACGAGCAGUGGAAAAAGCUUGUUUCUCUUUAUUAUCUGAAGAAUAACGUUUCCUUUAAGCUCGACCCCAACGAGGACGUUAACACGGCACCUACUGGAACAAGCAAAUUUGAAAACGACGACAGAAUACGAAUCGAUGUUUCCCAACGACUGAAAGAUAACGUUGGAUUCACUAUUCCGCGGAGGUCUUUUCUUCCCAACGUUGACCAAUUCUAUAUCAAAACGAAAGGAUCAGACGAAAAAUUUCUUUGGCUUGAAGUAAAGAACGACGGGCAACUCUUCCUGACUCCCAAGAAGGGUGCCCAGAAUAUUCUCAACGUCUCCAAUGCUCCAUCCAUCACUAGCGAUUUCAAUGUGAUUACCCUUCAGGGCGAGUCUGAAACAGGUUAUCAGGUUGAACAAAACGUUUGGCUCGAGAACGCCACGGGAGGCGGAUUUUUAAUCAAAGAAUCUCCCAAGGGAAAAUACUUUUUGGAAGACAACGGCUCCCUCAAACGUACCAAUAAAAGAAGUAAAGGCAGCUCCUUCUUUUUCGACCACAGGACGUUUUCCGGUCCAUUGAAAGAUGAAACAUGGGUAUCCUUCAAGGCAUUCUUAAAGUCACGAGGAUCCAAAAGCGACCAGAAAUCAAUCAAUGUUCGAAGUGCACUCGAACUUUUGCUCGGUCUUUCAAACGUGGAGCGCCUAAAGGAGGAAGUACCACCCGGAUCUAUUGCAUGUGAAGCCCUGGAUAACGAAGUCGAUAUGGAAUUAUCUAUGGUUGAACUCUCAUCUUCCAUGGAUAGCGAAGUCAUUUCAAGCAAAAUCCAGGUCGUGACAAAAUUGCGCCCCAUGACGUUCGACGCAUCCCCAGUUACUACGCUAGAGAUUGUAGUGAAAGACCCAUGUUCCAGACCAGACAUGUCUCUUCGGAUUACAACGUCUCUUGGCUUUGCGAACUACACCUUACGUGUCAGCGAGCAUAUGAAACCGAAAGAACCAUCCGUUGACAUGUAUUUGAAUGCGCUUGGAGGUGUGCCACUGGAAAACCGCGACAACCUGACCUUAGGCACAAUACUACAGCGUGUAGCGGGAUACCUUCCCUUGGAGGCUUUAGCAAAGGGUUUCCCGACGCAACUUUUGGCUUUAGACAUAUUUACCUGGAAGGUAGAUCGUUUGCUUUCGACAGUUAACUAUUUCACCUCUCCAUUAGCCGUCGAAGUACUGACUGGAGACUUUUACCUAAUUAUUCCAACCGAAAAGAAUCAAGUCACUUUGGGUGGAACACUAGUUAUAGACUUAUCCCAAUUUCAUGUCACUGUAAAAAAGCCACGCACUGAAAGGAGUGACUUUGUCGUAGAAUGCGAAGCUACCAUCGGGACAAUCGCUGUAAAUCUGAGAAUGGUACCUACAUCGACAGCUGUUCCUGAGGUGAUUAUUUCAUUUUCUCAUGACGCCAAUUUCCUAUCAGUGGUAAAGAUGUUGGAUCCUCAAGUAAACAUCCAAGAACUAGCUGUCCCCUUACUAAACAAAGUCAUCCAGGAUUUGCAACUUUCCAAUCCAACCAUUCGUGUUGUCCAGGAUAUCCAAAGUUACUACGUGACUCAGGUUUCUUCUCUAACCUUUGGGUUUACGCUCGAGAACUUUGCAUCAAUACUUCCCAGUGGUUUUUCUUCACCUCAGGGCAGCCAAGCAACGGUCACGAUUUUCAAUCCCCUCAGCAGUCACCCUCAAGUUGGCUUUGAAGUCCAAUUUAAGUUAGCGGUCGCCACAUCCACAGAUGCCAACGCAUUCUUGGAUUCAAAGUUCUCAUUGUGGCCAGUAGAUGCUUCCAAUCAUCAAAAUUCCCAGGGUUAUACUUGUAGCGUUUCAUUAUGUCCAAACCUUUCAGAGAUAUCGAUACAAUCAGCACUUGAAGCUGUCGGUCUCGGACAGCAGAUGACGUCAAUUAUGUCUUUCUUUCCGUUUAUGGAAAAUAUCCUGAAUGCAAUCCUGUUGGAUAAAAUUAGCCUCGAUGUAAACUACCAGAAGCGCGCGAUUGAAUCUUUUUCUCUGUCCCUCUUUGUUCCGCAAUGUUCAAUUAUUGAAGAAAAAUUCACCAUGCAAGAUGCAAGUUUUCUGGUGCAGUAUGGAUGUCAUCAGUGGUAUGCAGAGACAGAGAUGAAGUUGCUGGUUUUUAACAAGUUCACGUGCAGAGCUGCAUUCUCCUUGCCUGGAUCAGAUGUGCCUGGAACUUUGACGUUCGAAAAUGAAGAUGAUUCGUUUACCCUUCAACAGUUCCUUGAAGGUAUUGGGUUUUCCGUGUCACACAAUGUUCCUAUCAUCGAUGAAAUCUCAGACGUGACGGUUUCUCGGGCUGCCAUUUCCUUUGAAAAUAACGGUUCUACAUUCAAACUAUCUAAGAUCGAGGCGGUAUUGAGAAAGCGAACCCUCACCAUCGGUAGUAUUAGUCUUUACAACCUUGAAGUAACAGUGCGUUUUUCCAAUGUCCGAGGAGGUUCCGCAGUGUCCCUUUCACUGCGAGGAUAUCUGAAUCCUACGACUUACGCAACCUUGACUUUUGACACAGAACGUCAGGAAUUACUUGGACACUACGUCUUGGUGGAUAAUAUGUCAACGGAUGAGUGCUUGGAUCGUCUCUUUCCAAGGCAAAUGGAAGAUUGUUCCGGCAGUAAUGCAUAUAUACAGGUCAAAUCUUUACAUGUUCAAGAAGUUAGAGUAAUUCUGAGUUUUUCAUCAGAGGAGCAGUGGCAUGUACGAAAUGUACGGGUGCGACUGGAUGGUUGCCUUACGCUUGGACCCUUUAUCUUGCACCAGCUUUGUCUGAUAUACAUGACUGAACUGCCUGGUAAUGCUACACAGCGCGUCUCAGUCGUUGGGCACUUUAAAAGCAACGAACAGACCCUCAGCUUUAUGGUGGAGCUCUCCUCUACAAGCCAGGAAUCAAACAGUACUAUUUUGGAAGCGGUAAUCAAACCAGAUUCUCAUGGAGGACUGACACUCUCAUCCUUACUCGGAAUUGUAGGGUUGAAGAGUACAGAGGACGAAGUUCCACAAGUCGAUGGAUCCCCAGAUUUCCUUAACAUCGGAUUAAAGGAAGCGCGUCUUCAAUUUGAAGCGUCCCCAUUUCGCAUUCGAAAGAUGGAUGUUGUAGUCAAGACGAGAGCAACGAUAACUAUACUCGAGACGCCGCUCAUUCAGCUUAACGAGGCAAGACUUGAGUAUCAUCUGGAUAAAACAAAAGAUCCUGUCCACGCAGAAAUCUUCAUCGCCGGAAUUUUAAGCAUCGGUAAACUCCCCUUAAAUGUCACGUUCAAAAGAGACACGCAGUUAGGAUUGGUACUGGAAGGUCUCUUUAAUGAGGCAGAUGGCUCAACGAAAGUCGAUUUUGAGGAGAUGGCCAACCUGAUAUCUCCUGAUGUACCUUUCAGUCUUCCUAGGAGUGUUACAUUAAGCUCUUUCCUUUUCAGACUAGAAAAAGUUGAAGAAUCAAUUUCCCUCAAAUUAGAAGGUGAGUCCCAAAGCAAGUGGACCACUGAUGUUGGGAUUAGUACCCUGACCGUUCACAAUCUCGGUGGCAAGGUACAUUUUACAAGACAACGUAGUUCGAGUACGUGGAGAGGCUCCGUCUGCCUUAAUGGAAAGGUUCUUGUACAGGGCACCUUAGAUGUGGCUGUUGAAGUUUACCAUGACGGUAAAGGUGAAACUGUUGUAUUUGGCACUGUGCAGAAUCCGGCAUAUAUUGACCUGGACAUCCUAACUAAAUCAUUUGCUACUGGUUCGGAUCCUUCGAAUUCAUGGAAAGGACUCCUUCCAAACGGAACUGAUGCCACUGUACGCUUUCCCAGUUUCACCAAAGCGUAUUUGUCUGUUAAUGUUUCGAAGAGAAUACUUAUGUUUUUCGGAGCUGUAGCUGGGUUUGGAACAGGAUCACUGAUAGUCAAGCAAGCAGCGUCUGGCGAGAAUUCCUCUAAGUACGGUUUUCUGUUCGGUCUAAGUCUUGGAAAUGAUUUCAGAUUUUCCUCAAUCAAUGAGAGUCUUAACGUUGUUGAUGAGGUUAUUCUGGUACAGAAUGCAAACUUGUGCGUGAUUUCAAAGGAAUUUGAGCAGGUGAAAGUCGCAGAAAUGUUGGAAGAAAUCUAUAAGCUUGAAGUCUUUAGGAACAAACAACUAGUGGCUGACGUACCAUUUACCAACCUAGACAGCCAAUGAAUCUCCGAUCAAAAAAUGAA